AUGGCUAUCGAACUUCGCGGCAACGCACUUAUCUCAGUCAUCCUCCUGGCCUCUGGCCUGGACUUCCUCCUAUUUGGUUUCGAUCAAGGGCUCUUUGGAGGCGUCCUAGCCGGCGAUGGUUUUAAGCAUAUGCUCGGCAACCCUUCAGCAACCCGCACUGGCCUUGUCACAGCAAUCUACGAUAUUGGCUGUGCUCUAGGAGCUGUCAUGGCGUUUCUCGUCGGCGACAAGGUCGGUCGCAAGAAGAGUAUUGUCUAUGCCAACAUCAUCGUCAUCAUUGGAGCCGCUAUCCAGACUGCCAGCUUCUCGUAUGCCCAGAUGAGUGUUGCUAGAGUCAUUGCUGGCGCUGGUGUUGGCUUUUCCACUGUUGCUGUACCCAUCUUGCAGAGCGAGACGCUACCUAGCCGCAAUCGUGGUGCUCUUCUCGUCGUCCAAUCAGCUCUAAUCAUCAUCGGCGUUGCCAUCGCUUCAUGGCUAUGCUUUGCCACUCUCUACUCCAAUUCGAGCUUCCAGUGGCGGUUCCCCAUCGCGUGUCAGAUGCUGUUCUCCGGCCUUGUCCUUUGUCUUACACCAUUCCUACCUGAGACCCCUCGCUGGCUUGCUGAAAAUGGCCGCAUCGAAGAAGCUCGUCAGGUCAUCGCUCGUCUCGAAGACAAGCCUGUCGACCACUUGGACGUCGACAACCAGCUCAACGAGAUCCGCGAAGUCAUUGCUAUCGAGCAAGAGGCUGGCGAUGCAACGUGGAGCGAGGUGUUUACCAACUCUACCAAGUCAAGAAACUUGCAUCGCGUCAUACUCGGCAUGGGUCCUUACAUGAUGAAUCAGUGGUCUGGAAUCAACGCCCUUUGCUACUACCUCGCAUACAUCCUCGAAAACUACCUUGGCUACAGCCCGAGCAUGGCCCUCAUUCUCGCUUCAGUCGCUUUCACACAGUACGCCAUCUUCUCCUGGCCUCCAUACUUCUACAUUGAUCGUCUCGGCCGCCGCUGGACCGUCAUCCUCUCAGCUAUCGGCUGUGCAGCUUGCAUGGCUAUCAUUGCCGGUGCGCUCGUCAACCCUACCCAUACCAAUUCCAUCGUCGCAGUUGCCUUCAUGUUCCUGUUCAUGGACUGCUUCACCCUUGGUAUCCUUCCCGUGAGUUGGUCUUACUCCGCUGAGAUUCAACCUCUUCGCGUUCGCAACAAGGCUACCGCUGUUGGCGUCUUCGGCCAUUGGAUGAGCAACUUCGUGGUUGUCAUGGUUACACCCAUUGGACUUUCUAAUAUUGGCGGCAACUACUUCUGGGUUUGGGCCAUCGUCAAUGCAUCAUUCGUGCCUUUGACGUGGUUCUUUGGUGUUGAGACUUCGGGUAGGAGUCUGGAAAAGAUCGACCAUAUGUUCUUUGACGAACCGCGAGUAUGCAUGGGUUUGAACAAGAAUCACACUAGAGUCAUCAACAAGGAGAUGUACGAUGAGGAGAGGAGAUUGAGCAUUGCUAGGGAUGAGAAGAAGAUGGAUGUUGAGCAGAUCUCGGUUGUGAGCAAAUAA